AUGUUAAAGUGGAAAUGUCAGGAGAACAAACUGAUUUCAUUGCAUUUUCAAUAAAUUAAUAUUUAAGCCGGAAAUGAGGACCUUCUUAUCCUUAAGAAACAUUUAGAUUGCAAAGCAACGUAUGUCGGUAUUCGAGAAAUUUAUGAUAAUGUUAUAAUUAUAUAACAAUCAGGAAUAGCAAAAGUAUGAGCAAAUGUAAUAUUUUAGACUUGCACACUUAAGAGUAAAUUGGAUGAGAAAAUGUACUUUUGUAAGUGUUACAAAAAAUAACAAGUUGAAAAGUAUAAAAUCUACGAGCAAUUAAUUAUUUUGCGUAAAUUAGUUGAUUUCAAGAAUGUUGCUCGGUUAAUAGAUUUCUUCGAGUCAUCUAAUUCAUAUUAUUUGAUUUUUGAAGAGAUGAGUAGGGUACAUUACCAUAGUUUGAGUCAUGAAGACAUAUAAUCGAUGAUGUUUGUAUAUUAAAUUAUAUAUUAGGAUAUUUUAUGUUGUAUUAAAGUGUUAAUAUCGAAUCGGAUUUUUCAUUCGCAAAUUACUUUAUAGAAUAUUUUGAUAGAUAAAGACUAAAAUUGCAGACUUGUUGGAUUUGAUCAUGCAGAGUAGCUGACCGAAGAGAAUGCUGUCUUAAAUUCCUUGAUGUUGACUAUGGCUGGGAAUGCAAUGAUCAAAUUGUAUGAUUAAAUAACUGAAUUAGAUAUCAAUACAAUUCUGUAAGUAAGGACUCGAUAUCAAUUCCUGAUUAUGGGAACUCUCUUGUCUAGGGUUUAUUAGAGACCAAAUUGGAUCAAUAGAUCAAUAUUGAGUAAGCUUUGAGUCAUGAAUACUUUGAAUAUUUUGAUUACAAUUCCAGUCCCAUGAAGCAAUAAUAGAUUGUCCCAAAAUUGAAAUCAUUCAUAACCCAACAAUCUCUUUCAUCGCCAAUUGAUAGUCACAAUUGA